AUGUCUGGCUCUGAGCCCACAAUGAGUGGAAACCAGUCUCUCUGCACUAAAUUCACAUUUGUGGCUUUUUCCUCUCUAGCAGAGUUACAACCUGUCCUCUUUGUUGUGUUCCUAAUUGUCUACUUAUUUACCCUGUGUGGAAACCUCCUCAUCAUCUGCCUGAUCUGGGUCACCCCUUUCCUGCACACCCCCAUGUAUUUCUUCCUGGUGAAUCUCUCCAUUUUGGAGAUGUGCUAUAUCACCAGCGUGGUGCCUCAGAUGCUGGUGCACCUGCUGGUGGAGACCAAGACCAUAAGUGUGGGAGGCUGUGCAGCCCAGAUGUAUGCAUUUGCCAUUUUCGGACUGACAGAAUGCUGUCUGCUAGCAGCCAUGGCUUAUGACCGCUUUGUGGCUAUUUGUCACCCACUACGUUACACUCUCCUGAUGAGCCCUGCUGUCUGUUUGAAAUUGGCUGCAGUGUCUUGGAUCACUGGGGUGGUGGUGGAGUCAGCUCAGAUCACCUGGAUCUUCACUCUGCCCUUCUGUGGAACAGGAGAGAUUCAGCUUUUUUGUGAUGUCAUGCCUGUCCUGAAGUUGGCUUGUGUUGAUGCCUCCCACAAUGAGAUUGUGUUGUUUGCUAUUUCUGUGCUCUUUAUUAUGGGUCCCUGUCUCCUCAUUCUGUGCUCCUAUCUGUGCAUUCUUGGAACCAUCUUGAGAAUCCCUUCAGCAACUGGCAGAYGCAGRGGUUUCUCCACGUGUUCCUCUCACAUCCUGGUUGUUUCUCUGUUUUAUGGCACUGCCUUGUUCACUUAUCUCCAACCCAAGAGUGCGCACACUCCAGACACAGACAAGACAACUGCCCUCAUGUACACAGUGGUCACACCUGCUCUGAAUCCUGUUAUCUACACUUUGAGAAACAAGGAAGUGAAGGAAGCCUUUCAAAGGGUGGCACACAGGAACCCUCUUAGGCAAGUGGACUAA